AUGCAACAACAACCGCAAGGAAGCGAUCCACGUCGAGCCAAUCGAAUCGUUCGAUUCAAACCCGUCGACCCACAAUUGGGACAACAACAAGCAGUGGCCGAAGAUCCGUUGCCGGAAUAUAUGAAUGUUUUGGGCAUGAUUUUCAGCAUGUGUGGAUUGAUGAUUAGGGUGAGGGCUUUGAGGGGAAUUUUGGGACAAAAAUGGAUAUUUUUCCAUGAAAAAUACGGGUUUUCGCGGAAAAUUUGCAUAAAUCGAUAAUUUUCAAUCAAAAUUCAUCAAAAUAAUUCGGCCGAAGUUCUUGAGAAUUCAGAAUUUCUCCUCCAAUAUGAAUAUUAUCAAAAAUCCAUCAGUGACACGUGGAAUUUCACGACUUCUAUCCGAAAACCUCAAAAUAUUCAAAUAAAAACCAUUUCGAUCAUGAAAUUUGCCAGCGCAAUCUUCAAAUGUGAAAUGUCCGAGAUAAUUGUCGAAUCUCACAGUGUUUAGUAUAUUUUGAGCUGUGGAAAUUGGAGCUUCGUUUGAAAAUAUGGAAUUAAUACUACGAUUGUGUUUUGAGAAAUUAUAAGAAAAGCCUUGAAGAAUUUCGUAUUUGUAUAAAAUCCUGCCUGUCAACCUCAUUUCAAUUGCCACUCUCUUACCAGAUUUUUCAAUUUCAAAAUCCAAAAAUCAUCUAUUUUUUGUCUGAUCUUCUGCAUGCCUCAAUUUUGGUUGGAAUUGUUUUCAAAUAUAUUUGACUGUGAAGGCUUUUCUUAUAAUUGCUCAAAACACAAUCGUAGUAUUACUUCCACAUUUUCAAACGAAACACCAAUUUCCACAGCUCAAAAUAUACUAAACACUGUGAGAUUUCACAAUUAUCUCAGAAAUUUCACAUUUGAAGAUUGCGCUGGCAAAAUAAUUUCGGAAUCGAAGUCGUGAUAUUCCACGUGUAUUCACAUUGGAGAGGAAAUUCAGAAUUCUCAAGAACUUCUGCAGAAUUAUUUUGAUGGAUGGAAAAUUUGGGGAACUGUGGAAUUGUGGAAAAUCUUCUAGAAAUAUUACAAUUUUCAUUGCUGCGAAAAAAUUCACUGUUUCAAAAAAUUAAUAGAUGUUCGAAUCAGCUAAAUUUGUUAUUACUUCUUCGGCAAAAUUCAAAAAUCCAGAAAAUAUUAAAUUUCCACAGAUUUCAAAAGAAAAAUUCACUGUUUCAAAAAUUUCAUAACUUUUCCAACAAGUUUUUUCAACUAAUUACAAAUUGCGAUACCAAAUUCAAAAUUUUCCAGAUGAAAUGGUGCUCUUGGUUGGCUCUAGUUUGCUCAUGCAUUUCAUUCGCCAACACCCGAAGCUCCGAUGAUGCAAAGCAAAUCGUUUCCAGCUUUAUGUGAGUCUGAAAAUCGAUUUCCAACCAAACAAUCUGAAAUUUCCAGGCUUUCCGUGUCUGCUGUCGUCAUGAGUUAUCUUCAAAAUCCUGCGCCAAUCAUUCCACCAUGGGUUUCACUUUUUCAGACUUAA